AUGAACAGCAAUGGGUGCUUCAAGUGUGGGCGAUCUGGUCACUGGGUCCGGGAAUGCCCUACUGGAGGAGGCCGUGGUCGUGGAAUGAGAAGCCGUGGCAGAGAUGGUUUUACCUCGGAUAGAGACAUCUGUUAUCGAUGUGGUGAGUCUGGUCAUCUUGCCAAGGACUGUGAUCUUCAGGAGGAUGCCUGCUAUAACUGCGGUAGAGGUGGUCCUAUUGCCAAGGACUGCAAGGAGCCCAAGAGAGAGCGAGAGCAGUGUUGCUACAACUGUGGCAAACCAGGCCAUCUGGCUCAUGACUGUGACCACGCUGAUAAGCAGAAGUGCUAUUCUUGUGGAGAAUUUGGACACAUUCAGAAAGACUGCACCAAAGUAAAGUGUUAUAGGUGUGGUGAAACUGGUCAUGUAGCCAUCAACUGCAGCAAGACAAGUGAAGUCAACUGCUACCGCUGUGGCAAGUCAGGGCACCUUGCACGGGAAUGCACAAUUGAGGCUACAGCUUAA